ACUGAGUAUGACUCAAUUUAAUUGCAUUGACUGAUACAAUGAGUCUGAGCUAUUUAGAUUCUUUAAAGUAUUAUAUUAUAAUUUUUUAACAAAUUUGUAAGUUAAUUGUUGUUUCAUGAAAUGUAAUAUUUACCACUUGGGAAGAGCGAUAAAUAAUGCCUGUGUAACUUUAAAAUUAUUAAGCAACGAAUUAUAGAGUCAUUCCCAUAAAAAAUUAAUUAUUGUAUGAGAUCAUUGAGACAUACUGUAAUAAAGAAGUGACAUAAUGUCGCAAAGUGCAGUUUGUUUGGAUACAGAAUUGAGAAAAUUGAGACCAGCAGAAUUAUACACACUUGGACAAAUAUUAAACAUAUAUGAUUCAUGGAAAAAAUUAAUGGCUAUUAUACCAAAGAAAGAAAACUGUGAACUUCCUAAAUUUAAUACAGAACAUUUCAGUAUGAUUGAGCAUGCUGCACGACAACAAAGAAGAAAUGCAGCAGAAAUAUUUUUAGCAGAAUGGGGAACAAUGGGUAAACAGAGACCAACAUUACGUGUUCUAUUAGAACUUUUAGUAAAGGCAGAGUUAUUUAGAGCUGCUGAUUAUGUAGCGGGCGACAUAUUGAAAGAGGAACUACCAAAACGACCAGAAUGUGGACCAGCAGCUCCUGUAGAUAUAUCAGAUGAAGAAAUACAAAAAUUGUUAGAGGAAAAGUUGGGAUCACAAGAUAUUGAUUUUAACGAGUCUCUAAUAUUUGGAUUACCUUCUGACACUAAUGAUAAUAAAAUGAUCAAUCCUAAUGCAAUUGACAAUGUGGUGAACGAUAAUACACUAGAAAGAAACAUGCAGUCAACAAAACUGGUUUCUAUGAAAGAAAAACACCAUAAAAAGUGUUUGGAAAAUGUUGGAAAUCAACAACAAGAAAAUAUUGAAAUAUCUGAUUUGAUGAAAUUUAGUAAUGAACAUAAUAUAGAAGAAUGUAGAGUUUACAAUGAUUCCAAUGGAUCAAAGCAACCUGUAAAUAAUACAUUCAACACAAACAGUUGUAACUCACAGGAAUGUGUAUUUAACAAGCAUGAACUACCGUCUUCUGAUUUACCUGUAUUUCUAAAUGAAUUUGGACAGAACGUGAAACAAACGAAAUUAAACGGGGAAGUGACGUCAGAUGAACUUCCAGCUUUCUUGAACAGUAGUAUGUCGACGUCUGAUAGUAAUACACAAAUUAAUUCCAUUAACGAUUCGUUAAAUUUUUCUAAUUUAAAUCUUAAUCAGAAUGAAGUGGUUUCUGCAGAAUUGCCUCAGUGCAUUGUUGAACUUGCAAUUAAUCCAGACAUUAUUUCUAAUGAGGAAAAUCUAAUACAAAAUACAUUGGAUUCUCAAGAAUUGCCUAUUACGGUUUUAGAAUAUAAUGAUUAACAUAAUUAAUUUUUCAUCCAUAUUUUAAUAAAGGAAACUCUUAUUUUUUUUAUACAUUUGUCGAAAUACAUUCGAGCUUUGGUUUAAAGCAAUUUUUUAUAAAACGAAAUGCAAACAAUAUACUAUAAAUGUUCUUAGAAAACUAUAGACAUGAGUAUACAUCUAUUUAGAACUCGAUAAGAAUAAUAUAAUAAUCUUAUAUGUAUGUUAGAACUAAAAUGUCCAUAUAAAUACUUCAUAAUUUGUACAUAUAACUAAACAGCGUUGUAACGUGAUUUAUAUUUAUAGUAAUAUAUUCAAUUUUAAUACAAAUCUUAUGUUAAAAAUGAUAUAUUUUCUUUAGCAUCAUUAUAUACACACAAUGGUAAACAUGUUUCAAGAAAUAUCGCGAUAUUGUGAUAUAAUUAAAUUUAUCGAUACAAAGGAACCCACGACACAUAUCACAUCGUACAGCAAUACAUGAAAUAGAUGGACGAAAGUUUGGACAUGAUAGAAACAUUUAUUAAGUCUUAUUAGAUUUGAUAAGGAAUACAAGUUACCUAUAAAUGCAGGUGUAAGUCUGUGUCUACCCAUCACUAUUAUUACUCUCAUUCAUAGUAAAGUACAGGCUUUGAAGUUCCCUAAGAUUGUUUUCUAACGUGGCAACUUCAUCAUAUCUGCAAUCAUCCUUAGCUUGUUUGAUGUAGGCUUGAAGAUUACUCAUUUGUUCAAUUAUAGGAUCCAUAGAGGAAGGCAUCUUAGGUGUGACAUUAGCAGGUCCCCAACCUUGAGACUGAUUCAAUACCACCACCGGCUGUACAAAUAAUGUUAUCCAUUGAAACGGAUAUAAGAGUUUAGGUUUUAAUUUUUUUCUAUUAGAUCAGUAUUACCUGAUUUUCUUUCACAGAAGGUCGGAUUUCAUUGUUCCAGGUUUCCCUUUUACGCAAGUCUUUCAAUUUUUCUCUUUGUUCUUCUUCUAGCUGUCUUUCAUAUGCAAUUCUUGCUUCUAAUUGUUUUUCACGUUCUUUCUGUAGCUCUGUGUAUCUUUCUUCUGAAGGCAAAGCUUGUAUAGUUAAUAAUUCUUCUUUUAAAAAUAUCAUUGCAGAUACUCUGACCAUCUGAUGCAAUCUGAGUUCUUGUCCUUGUGGAGGGUUCUCCACACAUUUCGUGCCCAGUACUGAAAUGCGUUUACUGAUCGAAUCUAUAUUUUCACCUAGUUUUGCAAUUUUAACUCUUAAAGCUUGCGCGUCUUCCAGAUUAUACGUAGUUUCUCCUUCGCUGAAAAAUGAAUUGUAAUUAAUAUAAUGUUACAAACGUUUAUUUUAUAAUAUUUAUACAAAUACCUGAGAGACUCCCACAUUUUGUUGUACAUUUUUACAUGUUGAGAUGCUUCUUCCAUAUAACCUUUCAUUUUUUCAUAAAAUUGACAUAAAAUCGGUUUAUCGAAGUGCUUUGCUUUUUGUUUUUCUCUUGCAUCAAGUAAGUUUGCACAGUGUAUGCAUAUUCUGAAAUGCUGGUCACCGGCUGCUGGAUCAUUAACUAACGACAGAACGCUAUUUAAACUAUCAUUAGACGGUGACAUAGCCAACUUUGUAAAACCAAUACCUGCACGUACUAAACGCUCUGAAAUGGGCUUUUCAGAUGUAGGAGAUACCGCAGAUUCAUCUUGUACAGUCACAGGACUUGUCAUUUUUCCUAUAAGUUAAUUACUAUAUUUCUUUAAGCUGUAACCUACUUGUUAUUUUGAUCAGUACUUUCAAACUUACUUGCAUCUUGUAGAGAUAAAAAUACUGUACAAUUGUGGCACAUUACAGCUCCACAAAGUCUACAGUGAUGUUUUCUUCUAGCAAUAUGAAAACUUUUUGCACAGUUAGGACAUAAUUUUAC